AUGCCUCAUCUAAGCAAGAUUUUUGUGCUCUGGCUGAUGGCUUUUGCAGGUCGCACAUUCGCCUUUUCAAAAGGCCUCGCCAGUAAUCAGCAAAUCCCUAGGAGUACCUUUCAGAGGACACCAACUCGGUCGGCUUUGCAUUGUAUCUGUGUGGAUUGCGCAAGAGUCACCAAUUGCGCCGCCUACCAUUUCGUCGAAACAAAGCAUGAGCAGCCGCAUAUGACGGACAAUCCGACUUUUACGCCUCGAGACGGCUCUCCUACAAUUCACGUCGACGUCCGAACUAUUCGCACAGACGAUGACCGCCAGGCUGAGAUGGAUCGCAUGUGGCGCGAAUAUAAGGAUGAAGAACAAAAAGCCGAAGCGAAUCAGCAAGAGGGGGGAAAGCUUCGGGGCGAGAAAGUCUACGAUUUUACACCAGUGACUACCUACGAGUACGAUGUG